CCCGGGGCGGCUUCCCGGAGCGACAGUGGAACUCCUAAGUUGCGCCGGACCUUGGCCCUGACAGUCAGAGCUCUCCGCUCGAUCCGGCCGUCCUCCCUCCGUCCUCCCGCUGUCCUCCGUCCGCCGUCCUCAGCCGCCCGCCGUCCUCAGCCGCCCUCCGUUCUCCGCGCCCAGCCCUCCGCUCCCAACCCGGCGCCGGCAUGACGGGUUCGCUGUUCAAGGGGAACUUCUGGAGCACGGACAUUCUCAGCACCGUCGGCUACGACAGCAUCAUCCAGCAUCUGAACAAUGGCCGCAAGAACUGCAAGGAGUUUGAAGAGUUUUUGAAAGAAAGGGCAUCAAUUGAAGAGAAGUACGGCAAAGAUCUGCUGAAUCUUUCCAGGAAGAAGCCAUGUGGACAGUCCGAGAUCAAUACCUUGAAGAGAGCCCUUGAUGUCUUCAAGCAGCAAGUGGACAAUGUAGCCCAGUGUCACAUUCAACUUGCACAGACUCUGAGAGAGGAGGCCAGGAAGAUGGAAGAAUUCAGGGAAAAGCAGAAGCUGCAGCGGAAAAAGACAGAAACCAUCAUGGAUGCUGCCCACAAACAGAGGAACUCGCAGUUCAAGAAAGCCAUGGACGCCAAGAAGAAUUACGAGCAGAAGUGCCGGGACAAGGAUGAGGCGGAGCAGGCUGUCCACCGCAGUGCCAAUAUGGCCAACCAACGACAACAAGAAAAGCUUUUCGUGAAACUGGCCACUUCGAAGACUGCAGUAGAGGACUCAGACAAAGCGUACAUGCUGCACAUCAACAUGCUGGAGAAGGUCCGAGAAGACUGGCAGAGUGAACACAUUAAGGCCUGCGAGGUGUUCGAGGCCCAAGAAUGUGAAAGAAUCAACUUCUUCCGAAAUGCAUUGUGGUUACAUGUGAACCAGCUGUCACAACAGUGUGUCACAAACGAUGAAAUGUAUGAGCAAGUCCGGAAGAGUUUAGAAACGUGCAGCAUCGAGAAGGACAUCCAGUAUUUUGUGAACCAGCGGAAAACCGGACAGGUUCCCCCAGCACCCAUCAUGUAUGAGAAUUUCUACUCUCCUCAGCGGAAUGCAGCCCCACCAGCAAAGACUGCAGGGCCCAAUCCGGCAAGGAGAGGACCUCUCCCAGUUCCUAAGCGUAUACCAGAUGACCCUGAUUACUCUCUGGUUGAAGAUUACAGUUUGCUCUAUCAGUGACAUCAGAGGUGGUAAG